AUGGCAGAGGAGCAGCCGAAGGAGCUGGAGAGCGCACCAAGGCCUCGCGAAAUUAUCCGCCUUCUCCAAUGUCCCAUAUGCUACAAGCUUAUUACUGAGCCAGUCAUACUACCAUGCGGUUAUCAAUGCUGCCGGUUGUGUCAAUCUCCUCAGCUGUGCCCGUUUUGCAGGCAAAUCCAUACAUCCAGCUCCCAAAUUGACAAAACACUCUGGAUGGUCAAGACCUGCUUCGAACAAGAGAUGGACCGCUUGCGAGCGGCAUCGUCUCGCGUCAGCAUGUGCGCAGAGGUUGGAGUUCAGGAUACAAUUAUCCACAAAUCAUAUUGGCAUGGCAAGCUCUUAGCGAUGUGGGAUCUUGCCAAAGACGGCAGCUUGAGACUGGACAACGAUAUCAUCUACAUCGAGCGUUCCCCAACCCCGGACGACUAG